AGUUUUUAGAAAUUAUUUCUAUGGAAAAGAUGGCUCCCGCAUUCCAGCUUUCGAUGUUGCCACUGCUGCUUUUUCAAUUGGGAUCCGCUGAGUUUUUGGAUUUCAAUUGUGCGAACCGCAAUCCCAAUCCCAGAAGUUUAAGGCGUAGCCCUUGGAUGGCUUUCAUCGAAUCUUCAUCUAAAAACUGCAGCGGAGCUCUAAUAAAUCAAUAUAGUGUGAUAACGUCGGCGAGCUGCAUAUUUAAUCAAAGCGAACGUACCGUUUUGUUCAGAAUAUCUAAGAAUAACUAUGAAAGGCACUCCGUUCAAAGCGGCUUCAUACACAAGUUUUUCAACAAAAACACUUUUAAAAAUGAUAUAGCUCUACUCAUAUUAGAGAAACCUGUUGUUUUUAAACGCAGGAUGCGGCCAAUAUGCAUUUGGUUGAAUAUGCCAAUGAAUUUCCAGAACAGUCAAAAUUUAACAGCUAAAAGAUGGGGGUUAGCCCAGGAAAAAAUGAUUCCGCGUAUGAACCGCGUUUCCACGCUUGACCCAAAAAAGUGCUACGAAUCCUUCAAUAAGGUUCCCGUAAAAUCCCAGAUCUGCACUGUAUUCAAAGGCAAUCAAAGGUGUGCCGAUCAAGGUAGUCCUUUGGUCAGUGAGAUGCUAGUUUCGGGAAAAAUGAGUAACACACUAGUAGGAAUUCAGAGCUAUGGCACUUUGAGAACUUGUGUAUAUACCAAAAUUCAAAGCUACAUCGACUGGAUUAUCGGAGUCGUGCUGGAGGUUGAUGUUUUAAUGUAAAAGUCCAACAGUUUAAAACACACACCAUUUAAUUUUUAGAACUAACCAUCCAUAUAAAAGUUAAACGCUGUAAACAGAUUUUCGAAGAUAUUUAUAACUAUUGCAAGUUACUAACAAUUGUUUAUAAUAUGAGGUGAUUUGAAUAUACCAAUCAAAGUAUUCAGUAUGUAUCCUUCAAACUUAAAGUACCCUACUAUUUAGUAAAACUUUUAUAAUUCCAAACUCAGGCAAAUAUAUCCCCUUUUAAGCGGCACCUUGCUUA